AUGGGCCGAGGUGGCGGGGAGGAGGUCGGCCCUGAGCCGCUGGGUGAUGUGCAUACACAGCAGCUUGAGACCGAGGCACAGACUGCUCCGAUAACUGUGGACCUUCCUGUGGUGCCUGCACGGGCUGUGGCUUCGACUGUCACGGCGACGACAACGACAGCCACCACGAUGAUUUCCACUCGGGGUACUGAUACCCCUGCAGCGGAGGGCGCCCGCAUUUGGGCAAAGUUGGCGCAAUUCAGGAAGUUUGAUCUGCCGAAAUUCGUCGGCAAGAGUGACAACGCUUGGGUGAUUGAGCACUGGGCCACCCGCAUGGAGAAACUGUUCCGUGAUCUCCAUAUAGUGGAACUGGAUCGUAGCUUGGAGCGCGAGCUGGAGCGCCUCAAGCAGGGCAACCACACUGUUGCGGAGUACGAGCGUGAUUUUAGCCGCAAAAUUGGGUUGAUUCCCUUCGCUGUGCGAGACGAGUACCAUAAGGCCAGGAUGUUCGCGAGGGGGCUUAGGCCCAACAUUCGAUUGUUGAUCGCGUCCAACGGCGUGCUGUCCUUCGACGAGUGCUUGGAUCGGGCUCUGAUGGUGCAGAGCGAGUCGGAGGAGGUCCGAUCUGAGCGAGAUGCAUCUGAACGAUCGGGGGACAGGAAUCGUUCCCACGCCAAGUCUGGCGGUGGCCCUUCUUUCAGCAAGAAGCCACCGAAACAUCCGCGCACUCAGCAGUCGCUGGGCCACCUGCGAGCUCAGUGCCCUAGGGGUGACGGGGCCACUCAGAGUGCUGUCUCUUCCCCAGCUGCAUCCCGACAGAAUCGUGGAGCCCCCAGUGCAGGUACUUCGUUUGGGCGUCCCUCUGCAUCACGCCAAAAUGAGGGGGCGCGCCAGCCAUCUGGUGGGCGAGUCUUCGCUUUGACUCAGCCCAAGGGCGACACUGGUGGCGACGUCCUUGCAGGUAUUGUCACUCUCAACCUCACUCGUGCUAGAGCUAUUUUUGAUACUGGAGCAUCGCACUCAUUCAUUUCGCAUUCAUUUGCAUAUGAGCAUGGUCUUUCCUCUCGCCCACUUGUUGUACCGCUUCGAAUUGAGACACCUGGUGGUGAUCUAGUAGCAGACAGGUGCAUCUUGUCGUACCCUGUCAUUUUGGAUGACCGGCCUUUUCUGGCAAAUCUAGUGGUACUUCCAAUAAAGAAAUUCGACGUGGUGCUUGGGAUGGACUAG